UUUGAACAAAUAAAGCAAAAAACGUAUGAGAUGAGGAUAGACCCGGCGCGUCGGCGCGUCGUUGUGGCACAGGGCACAGCGGUGCGGCGUCGGUGUUAUCGCGCCACCUGUCGCAAGGUCGCGGCGUCAUUGAAGUUGGCUCGAUCGUAGGGCGCGCGCGCGCGUCGCUGCGUCCUUCCUCGCGAGAUGGAUCCCUCCUCUCUGUAACUUGCCCCGUCAGUUCCGGGCACGGUUCCGUCACAAUAAACAUGCCUCGUACCGGGACUCUGUCGUACGAUGCCCGAGAGGCUUUCGUCGCCAGUAACACCAAUAAUAACAACAGCAUUAAUAAUAACAGUACCGAUUACAAAUAUAUUAUUGCGAGACGAAUUAAAUCGUAAAAUGUAGUUGAACACAAUUUACGCAGUGUGGCCCGUCGUGGUCGCCGUGCAUAAUAACGUUAUCCGUGGACUUUUUAAUAUCUCAACGGACAAGCGGAAAAAUAAACAGAAGGGAAGAAGAGCGAGGGGGUGGGGCUUGAAAACGUACGGAGAAAAUUAGAACUAGGCGUUGUGGGUGCUGCUGCAGCACGAGGUCUAACGAUUCCGUGUCGAGUUUCACACACGUACAUGUAUGCGUUAUAUACACUAAUUGUAUGUAUAUUUAAAUGGUUAUGCGCGUUAAAUAAUGUAAAAUAUCGAAGCCCAAAAACGGUGAAUAAAAAAUUUUGAACUAGCAUUGCAAUGGCCACCUCACCUACGAGCAUUGAAAAUCAAAUUGACAGCUUUUUGGAACAAUUCAAAAGAAGUGCCUCGCGAGCCAUGGAGGACACUCACAGAUCGAGUUACAAUGCGAGCAGCUCCAUCAGCAGGAGUCGCAGCGGCAACCUCGACCUCGAGGUCUUGGAGGCCGAGGAUGUUGAGAGUAUGACCGGUGAGAUCGAGAAUGGAGAUUUAGCAGUUCGAGACGUUGCUGACCUUCUCCAGCCGCAGUAUGCAAUUAUCACUGGUGGAAAAACCCGGGAAGGCUGUCCAAUAAUAACAUUUCCAGACAAUGGAAAUUUUCACAAUGUUACGGAUUUGGAUUAUCAACGUCUCAUGUUGUAUCUCACGUCCGUGCCAACUUUGCAAGAAGCAGAUCUGGGAUUCCAUUUGGUAAUUGAUCGGCGCACCGACAAGUGGAAUUCCGUCAAAACUGUGCUACUCAAAAUAUCCGCCUUCUUCCCCGGACUCGUGCACGUCGCUUACGUUUUACGUCCGGUUGGUUUUCUGCAAAAAGCCAUUUCGGAGGUCUCGAAUAAGCUGUUUCGCGAAGACUUCAAAUUCCGCGUCAUCGUACUGGCCAAUGUCGCCGAACUUUAUGAUUUUAUCGACAAGGAUCAGCUGACUGAGCAACUCGGCGGUGACUUGCCGUACUGUCAUCCAACUUGGAUUCAAAAUCGAAUUAGCUUAGAAAAAUUCUCGUCGAUGACACAAGACGUGUCGUUGGCGCUGGAUUCGUUUACGCGACGUUUGGCCGAGGUUGAAUUUCCGAACAGCGCAAUCGCGACGACGACUUUGCUGAAUCAACAGCAGGCCGAGUACAAUGAAUUGAAGGAGGAAAUUUUGAGUGCCGCGAGACACGGUGAAGCUUUGCUCGACAGUGUAAGACAGUUGACCGGUAAAGGCACUGCUGAUCGAUUAGGAAACGUUGCAGCCGUCGAAAGACUGCUGGUUCAAUUGGAAGAAACGGAGCGGACUUUCGAUCUGUUUUGGUCCCAUCACAGCUCGCGGCUCCGACACUGCCUCGCGCUCAGACAAUUCGAGCAGGAUUUUCGUGAGUUGCAAACGAGCUUGGAUCAUCACUUAAAAAGGGUCGAGGAAAUGACCGAGGUCGGAGAGACGCAUUCACGGGUUGAACAGUUGUUACGCGAUACUUCGGCCUUCCAAAGAAUUUGCAGAUCCUAUUUGUUGCAUACCAUGUGGAUUUGGGUCUUGGGGGACAUCGAUCGGGCCGAAGAAGUCAUAACCGCUGGACAACAAUUGUUAUCCGGUCGUCAUCAAUGCCCGACCGAGGUCGUUGAGCCAAAAUGUGCCGAAUUGCAACGCGUCUGUACCAUUCUGAGCCAACGUUUGGAACGACGAUUGCACACACUCACCAAAUGCCGAGAACUCAUGGAACGAAUUGACAAGGCCAAUACGUGGUGCACACGAGGGAUCGAAUUACUGGCUGCUCAGAGCAAUUCUACUCCGCCGGAUCAAUCGCUGCAGGAGCUUCAGCAGUUGAUAGAAGCGGCCGAGGAAUUCCAUAAUCCGAGAUGCAUCUUUCAGGACUCGAUAAUGCCCGAAACGAAGGCCCUCGUCACGCAGGUUCUGCAAAGAAUCGAGGACGUUUCAUUGAUGUGCGACAAAAGGAUAAUUGCACUGAAGCAACAAUUAUUGAAACCGGCCCGGCCGAUUCAGACGGUCACCCCCGAACCAGCCAAACCCAUGCCUCAUCCGCCACAAACCGUCAAGCCUGGAAGAAUUCUUAGGAAAGCCAAUACCAUGCCAAAGAUGGAAAUGAGCCCGAUCGAGGGCGGUGACACUUCCUCACCUGAGAGCGAACCUCGUGACGUUGAAGCAUCGCGCUUGAAGCGAGGUCACGUAUUAGCCGAGCUCGUCGAGACCGAACGCGUUUACGUUGCCGAGCUCGGCUCGAUAAUAAAAGGCUACAAAAUGGAAAUGAGCAACGAUUCGCUCUCGCACCUCCUCCCUGCCGCCCUUGUUGGAAAAUCCGAAGUGCUCUUCGGUAAUCUCGACGAAAUUUAUCUGUUCCACGGCGAGACCUUUUUACGGGAUCUCGAGAACUGUAUCUCGAACACCGAACUCGUUGCUCUUUGCUUCGUUCAAAGGAGAGAAGUUUUUUUCCGAUUGUACAGUUAUUAUUGCCAAAAUAUACCGCGCUCGGAGCGAUUGCGCGAGCAGAUCCAAAGCGAGCCACAAUUUCUCGCUGCUUGCCAACAAAAGCUCGGCCACAAACUGCCACUCGCUGCGUAUUUACUUAAACCCGUUCAACGCAUCACCAAGUAUCAAUUGUUGCUCAAGGAUUUGUUGAAAUACAGCGACGAGCCGACUUGCUGCACGGAGUUGCAAGAAGCCCUCGACUGCAUGCUAGUUGUCCUCAAAUGCGUCAACGAUAGCAUGCAUCAGACCGCUAUCACUGGUUUCGGAGGCGAUUUAGGAGUGCAAGGGGAACUACUGCUGCAAGGCUCGUUCAGCGUUUGGUCGAGCAGCAAACGAGAACGUCUUUUAAGAUUGAAGCCGUCGCAACGCCACAUUUUUCUAUACGAAAAGUCGAUGAUUUUCUGCAAACAUAGCAAGCCCCAGGCUCACAACAAAGCGACUUAUCACUUCAAACGUUACCUCAAAAUGUCGCAAAUCGGACUGACAGAAUCGGUCAAGGGCGAUACGAGAAGAUUUGAAAUUUGGCUGCAAGGUAGAGCGGAAGUACAUACGAUACAGGCACCGAGCAAUGACGUCAAGCUAGCCUGGGUGAGACAAAUAAAGGGAGUUCUUAUGUCCCAAUUGGCUGAGCUUAAGGGCAAACAAAAUACAGCUCUCGGAAAAUCCAAUCACAAUUCGAAGCCAAGACCGCUCCGACAAACGAUUUCAUGGGAAGCUCAGAGCAGCGUUUCUGGCUCGUUGCGCACCUUAUCCGUCGACGGUAACAGCGUAAUCUCUCACAUCACCGAUGUUUCCGUGUCGACCGAGGACGACGUCGCCUGGAGCUCGGAGAACAGCAAUACCGACGAUGAAGACGCUUUUGGAGAGAAUCCUGGACCAGCACCCGGUGGGAGAUACUUGGCACUAGCGGAUUAUUGUGCCGUCGGUCAGUCCGAGGUGACGAUGCGCGAGGGAGACAAUCUGGAGUUAUUGAAAGUCGGUUGCGCCGGCUGGUGGUUCGUUAAGCUCAUUGGAAACGGGAUCGAGGGCUGGGCGCCUGCGGCCUAUCUCGAGCCCGUCAGCAGAAAAACAUCGCGGAGCUCGCAGUCGGUCAACAGCCAAGAUCCCAUGUGAAACAGGCGUCUAACACACUAAGGAAUAACUUUCCAGUGUGUUAGCUCAAAAACUCAAGCUCCUUUAACCACUUGUGACGAAGAAGAAGGAAAAAAAUGUCAAACUCUUAUGCGCGCUACUCGCGCCGGCGAGAUCGUUCGUGCGCUUUUGCAAAAACAAAACGUACCCGUCGACGUUUACGGGUAUUUGAAACAAAGAAUGCGAGGUCGUUGAAAAAAAAAAUCGAAGUCGUGUUGAAAAAACAGUUCGGACCGCGGUUAAUGGGAUUUUUGAUAAACAAAAACUCAUGGUCGUUUGCUGGUUCGCGAAGAAAAAAUAAACUCCUUUGCCAGAUCGUCGUUUUACGACGGGAUAUAUUAGACGACGUUGGAUCUCGAUUUAGUAAGAUUAUUUUUCCGACGAGUUUCGAGAUUUACCGAAUGAAACUGAGAUGAUGCUUCGCCGAUGGGGAACAACGGCAAUGUCAAAAAUCAAAGAAGAGCUGAAGGGAGAAACAUAAAAAACUCAAAUUACAUUUGAGCCCAGAUUUUGAUAAAUGCGAUUUUGUAGGACGUUUUUUUUUUACUUUUUAGGCUAUGAUACGAAAUUAGGUUCGAACAUGACUUCGAACUUCUGGGGGAUUAGGGAAAUUUAUAUUACAAUCAAUUGGAAACUGAAUUUUUAUGAAUUUCGCGAAUUGUGUUUUCUUUUUCGUUAUUCAUUCUCGGAACAGACCAUUUUUCUUUGCGCGAGAAUAGACCAAUUAAUAUCGUAGGAUUUUUAUUUUCAUUUCAUCGUUCGCGAAAUUUCAUUUCAUUAAUUUUUUCAUACUUUCCAUAUUUUUAGCGGCAAUAGGAAUACCGCAGCUGUAGUGACAAUUAAACCUGCUUAUAUACACGGAACAUUUCGCAAAGUUGAAACAUCGCGAAUAAAGAACUGACCAAAAAUAAUAGAAAAAAAAUUUCAGCGAAAAAUGGGCGCCAUAAAGAGUUCCAACUCGAUUUUCAUUUGAUGAAUUAACUUUUAUCUUGCACAUACUGUGACACAAAUAUUUAUUACGCGAUUAUUACAGUUGAAAAAUACUUCCCCAAGAAGGAUAAUAACGAUAACAAUGCAUUUUCAAAAAAGCAGAAAUGAAUAAACAUAAAUAGACAAUAAUGUUUGUCCAACUCGUUUAAAAAAAACUUGCAUGAAAUACAGUUGAAUAAACAUCGCCACGAAUCCUUCACGAGUAACUGUCAAAUAGAAGGAAUUUCCGCAACCGAAAAAAAUUGUUGACAUUUUUUUGGGUUCGAAGAUGAUUGCAAAAUCAACGAAAUUCAAAUGUAAAUGAAUUUUUGUGAGCUUGUGAAAAAUAGUUUAGUCGAAUACAGCUUGACGAUGACGACGACGACGGUUCCUUUCACUUCGUUCCUCUGGAGGAUGAUAAAAAAAAAAAAAACAAAAACAAAAAACAAAAAACCAAAAGAAAAACGAAAAAGCUGUAGAUUCUAUUUUUACACGGCAAAUGAAACAAAUCGCUGGAAUCGCUUCUAUUUGCAGGUAAAAACAAAGCAUAAUAAAAAAAUAAAUAACAUUUACGAGACUUGGUCUUGUACGUACGAAUAAGUGGACGCAUUUUUUAUGGGGAACAUUAGCUAAUUUAAAGAGUUGUCGAUCAUACUGCGACUUGAUCGACGUUAGAUUUUCGAAAUUUAUCUCUUCUAUAGCUUUCGCAAUUACUCACAUUCCCGAAUCAGUUUUAAUUAUCUUUUCGUGCACAUUUAUCCAAAUCACGAUUCAGAAUGAAAAAAGAAAAAACGGAAAAUUUGUUGUGGAUCCUAUUCCACGGUAUUUAUUUAUUUAGAGUUUCCAUCAUUUUCUUAAAUGGAGGAAAAAUUAACACAUGUUUUCUCUGCGGAGAUCUUAUUCCAAGUGAACAUCUAAUGCAAAUUUAUUCCAAGUUAAAAUCAUGGUCUAUAGUUAUUCUACUAGAAUACCACAGUUCAUAAAAGAGAAAUAGUUAGAAAUUUAUCCUAAAAAGAAAGAAGAUAAAACAAUGAAUAAUAACACUAAAGUAAUGAACUUGACUCGUCGAAACUAGCAAGAAACUAUCAAUGUUCCAUCCCGGCUUGAAUAGCACGAUUGAUUAUUCUAGAGCGAAUAAAUAAUAGUUCAUAAAUGAAAUAUAUAUAGAAAAGAAAUUCAUUUGACGGGAUAACGAAAGUGAGAAAUUAUUCCGCCAGUCAGAUAUAAAAUUUUAUUUGAUGCAACGAUGGAACAAAACUCUACCAACAAAAUCGCUUCGAAAAAUCUCAAACUUCCAAAACGUUCACGGAACAUGUAGCAAAUUUUCCGCCCAAAAACCAAUGAAUAAACACUUAUUUAUAAUAAAUAAACGAAGGUACGACGGAUUGAGCCGUUGAGUUAAAAAGCAAUACGAUUUUUCAGCGAGUAAUCGAGAUUUCAGAAUCUUCGAUUUAAUUUUUGGAAAAAUUGAAGAGGUUUUCGAACGUAAGAAAAUCACUUUCACUUUUUCAGGAACUCUUUUAACAAAGACCGAAUGCUCAGCCUUUAAGGGGAAUACUAAAAACGAUUUACAAUUUCGUGAUAUUAAUACGGGAAGCUCUGACCUUGAUAUUCGUGAAAAAUGAAUUGAGAAAAAAAGAGAUAAAAUACAUUCCGCUUCUAAGACUCAGAAAUGAAUUUUAUCCAAAAUAUUUCUUUCUCGUCCAGUUUGUCUUUGAAAGAGAAGAAAGAAGGCAUUUCAUUCACCAAACAACAAAAUUUUCGUAGCUCGAGAUAUAAUUGAGUACAUUUGUUGUAAAAAAAUGAAAAAUAAUAGCAACAACAAUAAUAACAAUGAUAUUAAUAAUAAUAAUAAUAAUAGUAGUAGUAAUUUAUUUGCCUAUCUGUGAUAGGAAGCAUAAAAAUAUAUAAAUAAUGAUAAAUAAUUUAUAAUAGUCAUUAUUCAGAUGCACCUCUUGACCGAAGCAUUGAACGAAAAUCGAAAAGGAGAAGUUCAAGCACUCGAUUAAAUUCGUGAAUUCGAUCGACGUCACGUGCUUCGCUUAAAUUGCACGCUGCUCCACGAUGCUGUAUCAUUAAAUCUUUCUCUGAACAAAAAAUCACAAUCUCGUUGACCCUGAGAUUUGCACCUUUUUUACGGAGAAUGCUUUCUCCACUCGCCUGCCCCUCGAAAAUUUCAGAAAAUCUUCAAUUCUCAAGAGCAAAUAUUUCGGAAGUGGAUUUUCAACCGAAAACGUGAUUUUUCAUGCUCGCCACUCGAAUAGUGAACUCGAAAUUUUGGUUGUGCGAAACGAAAAAUGCAGGAAAAGUUCGAAAUUUUUUGUUUCGGAAUGAAGAAUAUCGUAUGCUGUAAAAUUUUAAGAGACGAGGCAUAGAAAUGGCUAUCAAUAAUGAUGAUAAAAUAGAUAGAAAACUUAGUACAAAAAAAAUUGGUUUUUGAUAGAUUUGUAUUAUUUGUACGAAAGGCUAUUCAUUUGUUAUUUAUAUUUGCAACCAAUUUGCUCGGAUUCGACAUAACGAAGAACCAACCAAAUUGAAAAAUCAACCAAUUUACAAAAACUGUAUUAAAACGAAUAGUUUCAAUAUUUCGAGUUGAAAAAUUGAUGAUCGACACGGCGAUAAAAAAUUCCCGAAAACUCAAUUGUCGAAGUGGACUUUUGGACGAAAACAUUGAGGAUUAUUACAUUAGAAUUGGAGUUGAAUAGCUUGUCGCUUAGAGUUCGUUGUAAAAGUUACGUAUAAAAUAUGUCACAAUCUUGUAAAUACAACAAAAUGCAUCGUCGAAUA